AUGGCCGGCCCUAUAUAUAACUACAACCCCAACCGCGAACGGAAGCCGAAUUGGAAGGAUUACUUGACGGAGCGGUCGAUGAAGUUCUAUGACGGCACGUACAAGUGGAACCUUGAUGGCUACUGGGAUGAGCAUGAUGACGAUCCAGACGCAGAACCACCCACACCGGGAGUACCCCAGUCGCCGUUGAGUAAUUGGGAUCCUGCAGAUCAUGGACUGGACUCGUCCCCUGUUCCUGGACUCCGUGGAGGUGGCUCGUCGCCAGCUAUCGACCCUGCAUCGUUACCAUUUGAACCGAUCUCGCUGGAUACGGUUGCUGCGUCUCUUAGUCCGCAACGCUCGCAUGAUGAUCGCGUUGAAACACCGAUGAUUGCAGGCGCAAAGAUCCAGCAUUUGCUGUCCUCUAAUUUGCUCAAGAAGAAGGAACAUCUUGGCCUCGUACCCAUCACGAACAGCCAGACUGUGUUGAAGACAGUGCCGCGAGAGGACUUGUUUCCCGGACAUCCCGAUAGGGAGCGGCUCAUCGGCAGGCUGGAGGGUAUACUGAUCGGACAUUGGCAUGGAAAAGAGGGGCUACCUCUCGAGAAGUGCUAUGCGCUCUGCGACGUAGCGUCCCCAGAUGAAAUACUUCGGGACAUGUUUUCGGCGGCCCGCGACCUAGCAGAGGGGCAUUCUGGGGGUGAGGAAUGUGGUGAAGCUGAUGAUGUGGGCGGCAGCGGCAAAGCCUCAAAGACUAAGAAGAAGGCUCUGGCCAUGCGAGGUGGUUAUACGACUGCCGACCAGAAAGAGCAGGAACACGGAGCAGAUCUUAGCGACACCAGCAUAGCUUCUCUCUCGGACUGUCCGUCAGACUUAUCUGAUUGGGAUGUCGAGGAUGAGCUCGUGGAGGGGCAAUCUCGGGACCAGCCCAAGACCUUCGCAUGUGCAACCCGCAAGAAGACCAACAACUCGCGCCAAAAGAACCAUGAGAAGGCUAGUACGGGAACGAAAGGUGGCAAGGGACAGGAAAGUUCGGUGGACCUCUCCAUCGGAAAGAGGAGCGGCAGUUCCGAUUCAGCGAUUGGGGGCAUCUCGACUAGAAGGCGAUCUGCUCGACAGGCAAAGAUCAACAGCAGGGGCAAGUGA